GUUAAGCAAAUGGCUCGACUCCCUCCGUGUAAGAUCACAAACAGAAAUUUCAGAGAAUUUUGCAGAAGCACACAGCCAUGGCAGCUCGGAAGAAAGCUUCAGCAACGGCCACAACAACAGCAGCAGCAGCAGACACGAAGCCAGCUCAGAUAGAGCACAAAUCCCCAGAAAGCACAUCGCCUGACCCGCAGAUCGCGCCGCCGAAAUUGGGUGUAAUCGGGAAGCUCUGUCUUUUCUUCUCAAUCCCAUACUUUUACCUCCUCUUCUUCCACUACAAGAUCGACCAAGAGUUCAGGAGAUCGAUCCUCAUCAAUGCCGGACUCAGUCUCGCUGGGUUCUUCGUUACUGUUAAGAUGAUACCCGUUGCUUCUAGAUAUGUUCUCCGGCGCAGUUUGUUUGGGUAUGAUAUCAACAAGAAGGGUACCCCUCAAGGAACUGUUAAAGUGCCUGAAUCAUUGGGAAUUGUUGUAGGCAUUGUGUUCUUGGUCUUGGCUAUCGUGUUCCAGUAUUUUAACUUCACAGCUGAUUCGAGUUGGCUUGUUGAGUACAAUGCAGCAUUAGCAUCCAUUUGCUUCAUGAUUUUGCUUGGAUUUGUAGAUGAUGUCUUGGAUGUUCCUUGGAGAGUGAAACUAGUACUACCGUCAUUUGCUACUCUACCCCUGUUGAUGGCAUAUGCCGGACACACAACCAUCAUCAUUCCAAAACCUCUAAUUCCAUAUGUUGGGCUGGAGGUGCUGGAUCUAGGAUGGGUAUAUAUAUUAUAUAUGGCUCUUCUGGCAGUGUUUUGCACAAAUUCCAUUAACAUUCAUGCUGGUUUGAAUGGCCUUGAAGUUGGGCAGACAGUUGUCAUUGCAUUUGCUAUUAUGAUACAUAAUAUCAUGCAAAUUGGAGCAUCUUCAGACCCAGAAUAUCAGCAGGCCCAUGCAUUCUCUAUUUAUCUUGUUCAACCCCUACUGGCCACCUCCUUGGCUUUAUUUUCUUACAACUGGUAUCCUUCUUCAGUUUUUGUUGGUGAUACAUACACAGUCUUUGCUGGAAUGACCAUGGCUGUUGUUGGGAUUCUAGGCCAUUUCAGUGAAACACUGCUGAUUUUUUUCAUCCCUCAAGUAUUGAACUUUCUUUUGUCUGUUCCUCAGCUUUUUGGCUUUGUCAAAUGUCCUCGCCACCGUCUACCCAGGUUCAAUCCUGAAACUGGACUACUUACUGGGACACAAGAUGGGACGCUAGUAAACUUUUACUUAAGAGUAUUUGGGCCAAAAUCAGAAAAAUCACUAUGCAUCCACCUCCUCAUUGUUCAGGCUAUAGGAUGCUGCUUCUGUUUCCUCCUGAGGCACUUGCUAGCUGGUUGGUAUAAAUAAGGCAGCGCCAUAAAAGAAAACCAAAAAAUCUAUCCCUAACUGAAUGACAUCCUAUGCAUCUUUUGACCUACGGGUUAAUAUUAUGCCACAAACGUCAGAAUGCAUCCUUCAGAGGAGACAAACGACCUGCAAAUUGGUUGGGGAUUAGCAACUGACAUUGUACCAUACGCAUUAAUGUAUUUGUGAGACCACAAUGCUAUUACAUCUUGGAAUUGUCUUUUUCUUCUUCUUUUUUUUUUGGUAAAACAUCUUGUAAUUUAAUCUGCAUGAGAUUUGCGGAAAAUAACUUGAUGGCAUUUUUUUGUUCCUCGGCCAACAUUGACAACAUGAAGGACGAGUUGGUGAAUCAAAAAGACUACUUCUU